AUGAGCACGUCGCCUUCGGCGUCUGUCUUGACGAAUCUCGGUGAGUUGAGCGCAGCCUGGGAGCGAGCCAGUCGUCGGGGAAGCAACGGUAGCGACGAGCCGGCCUCUUCUCUCUUCGUCCGCCAGCAGCAGCAGGAGCAACAGCAGCAGCCGAAGCAGAAGCAGCAGCACUCGGCGCCGCCGUCAGACCCGCAACGGCAAGCCAAGCGACUCCCGGUGAAGGUUUUGAAAAUGCUCACCGCACGCUCGGGACACAUUUUGCAUCCGGAGUAUCUGCAGCCUUUGCCCUCCACCCCCGUCAGCCCCAUCGAGCUCGAUGCCAAGAAAAGUCCCCUGGCUCUCCUGGCGCAGACGUGCUCCCAGAUCGGCAAGCCGGACCCGCCGCCCUCCUCUAAACUCUCCUCGGUCGCCUCCAAUGGAUCUAGCGACAAGGAUUCUAAAUGUGGCCCGUUGAAAAUGAGUGACAUCGGAGCGGACGACAAAUCCAGCUUCAAGCCCUACUCCAAGCCGUCGGACAAGAAGGACUCGUCGGGCGGCGGAGGUACGGACAAGUCUGGUUUCCGAGUGCCGAGCGCCACCUGCCAGCCGUUCACGCCGCGCACAGGCAGCCCCAACUCGAGCUCAUCUGCCUCUCCCAUGCCGGCGGAGGGCAAGUGCGGGGAGCGGGACGAUAAGAAGGAAUCGGACUGCGGGAAAGGCGGCGCGGACGGCGGCUCGGCCACGUCCAGCCACAGCCGGAUAAGCGUGAGUUGCGGUGGGAUUAACGUGGAGGUCAACCAGCAUCAGGAGACCACGCACGGCCCUAAAACCUCCACUUCCUCCUCUGCAUCAGAGUCCUCCCCGGUAACUUCCGUGUCAUCGGCGUCGGUGCUCGGCUCUGGGCUCGUAGCGCCCGUAUCCCCGUACAAACCGGGCCAGACCGUCUUCCCGCUGCCCCCGGCGGGCAUGACUUACCCUGGCGGUUUAGCGGGGGCCUAUGCCGGCUACCCGCAGCACUUCAUGCCGCACGGGGGCAGCCUGGUGAACGCGCAGCUGGCCAGCUCGCUCGGCUGCAGCAAGGCAGGCUCUAGCCCGCUGGCCGGAGCCUCCCCGCCCUCCAUCAUGUCUGCUAGCCUGUGUAGAGACCCUUACUGCUUGAGCUACCACUGCGCCAGCCACUUGGCGGGUGCGGCGGGGGCUUCGUGUACACAUGACUCGGCGGCGGCUGCGGCGGCCGCCCUCAAGUCCAGCUACCCGCUCAUGUACCCCACGCACCCCAUCCACGGAGUGCACUCGUCGACACCUUCGUUCAGCGGACAUCCCUUGUACCCGUACGGCUUUAUGCUCCCCAACGACCCACUGCCCCACGUGUGUAAUUGGGUGUCGGCCAACGGACCGUGCGACAAGCGUUUCUCCACCUCAGAGGAGCUCCUGAAUCACCUGAGGACACACACCGCUUUCACGGGGGCGGAGAAGCUCAUCUCCGGCUACCCGGGCUCGUCCUCGCUGGCCAGCGCGGCUGCUGCGGCCAUGGCCUGUCACAUGCACAUGCCGCCGUCGGGGGCUCCUGGCAGCCCCGGGACUUUGGCUCUGAGGAGCCCACAUCACGCACUGGGACUCAGCAGCCGGUACCACCCGUACUCUAAAAGCCCGCUGCCCACCCCCGGAGCUCCCGUGCCAGUCCCCGCUGCCACCGGGCCUUACUACUCUCCUUACGCGCUGUACGGCCAGAGACUCACCACAGCAUCGGCGCUUGGAUAUCAGUGA